GGCCAUGAUGAGUGACAUCGGGGAGUAUGUAGGUACAGACAUUGAGAUAUCCUGGUUACCUAAUCUGGACGAGUUAAUGAAGGGGUACGCGCGAAAUUUUCGCCCUGGGAUAGGAGGUGAGUAUGAGAUCUACUGCUAGUACCAUUGGUUUGCAAUUCAUCCCCUUGCAUUUCCAGUCAUUCUUAACAUAGGCUAAUAUUCUCCACAAAACACCUUGACUUUGAUAUGGGUUUGAUAUUUUAUUUUGUCAUGAACCGAAUAUGUAAAAAUAAGUUCCUGUCAUAUUGAAUAAAAAAGUAUAUUUUAAUUGUAUUUUUAAGCACUCUUGCUCAGAUAUGAUCAAAGAACUGUAGGUGACCCAGUUGAAUACAUAAACAACCUUGAAAUAAUGUUAGUGAAUAUUUUAUUUCACGAAUAAGGAGUGGAUUACUCUAAUGUGCAGUAUUGCAAGGAUAUGAACUGUAUGCAUAAGCUAAUAUCAUUAAAUUUGAAAGGGGUAUUACUGGAAUAACGUCACUGUGACACCUCGAGUGUCUGUGUGUUUGAGAAAGACGUUGUUAAGAAUGGCUGUUAAAUGCGAAAUAUCCAAUGGAAACAGCUUUAGAUUUCUCAACCUCACAGCUUAACUCAGCUCGGAUCAGAUUUAAAUGCAUGGGCUGAAACGGCUUUCACACAGCCGGCGGUGGGGGUUAACGCGUCUGCCGUGCACGCAGUGUUGCGAUUUUGACACUUAUAGAACCCGGCGUGUUAAGGGGUCGUGAGGUCCUCGCCUCUUUGUGAAAAUCUCGAGACGUUCCAUCCUGAGGCAUUUGAGGUCAGCAGUCAGAGUUAGAUUAGCGAUCCCAUUUCCCAGUAUUUAUUAAGUGGCAUGAUAUCUCCAUCUCCACGCCUUCAAAUCCAUGACAUUUUCAUGCGAGUAGCCUAUUAAAGCGCCGGCAGAGGGUUGAUGGAACGGCACGACACGUGCGCAUCUCUCUCUGCAAACAACAUGACCUAGUCUGCCCACUUCGAGAAACGAGACGCAUCCCGGCAGUAAUAAAGCCCUAAUCCCUGGGGAUCUCUGCGGCGGCUCUGGUCACGUUGCUGCAUGUGUGGAAAGGGAACGAUGGAGCGGUCUCGCGAAAAGGCGGUUUCUUUUUUCUCUCUCGCGUAAAAGCCUUUUAACGGGCCGCCGCGCCGAAUGCGAAUGUUUCACACACGCAUCUUACAGGCGCUAAGCUGGCUAAAAUUAAAAGGACACUUGGUUCACCAAACGUGUGGAAUUUUCCAUGUUAACAGAAAUAUUGGGUGGGAAGAGGAGUUCAGCUUUCAAACGGCAUGUCGUCGUUGAUUAAAUGUAAAGGCUUUCCCAAAAUACAUUUGCAUGAGAAGACAUUUUUCAUGUUCUGAUGAACAUUUAAACGGUAAUGGAAAACGUUAUGUUUUUUUGUUGAGAGAAGUUGUGAAAUUUCACUUAUUCAUUGCAAUGGUGAUCCUUCACAAACUUCCUUGGUUGUUCGGUGAAUGGCUGGAGUUUGUGCCUGUGUGGGGAAGGGGGAUGGGGGGGGGUGGCCGCAUGGGGGCAGAUGGGGGGCGUUUGGCUGUUUUUGUUCUCAUUUGUUUUUCUGCAGGCCCCCCUGUGAAUGUAGCGAUGGCUAUUGAAGUAGCCAGCAUCGAUCACAUCUCAGAGGCUAACAUGGACUACACCAUGACCGUGUUCCUACGUCAGAGCUGGAGGGACGACCGCCUGUUGUACAACCACACCAACAAGACGCUGGGGCUGGACAGCCGCUUCGUGGACAAGCUGUGGCUGCCAGACACCUUCAUCGUCAACGCCAAGUCGGCCUGGUUCCAUGACGUCACCGUGGAGAACAAGCUUAUCCGCCUGCAGCCUGACGGAGUCAUCCUCUACAGCAGCCGGAUCACCUCCACAGUGGCCUGUGACAUGGAUCUGACCAAGUAUCCAAUGGAUGAGCAGGAGUGCAUGUUGGACCUGGAGAGCUAUGGCUACUCCUCAGAGGACAUUGUUUACCAUUGGUCAGACAGCCAGGUGCACAUACACGGACUGGACAAACUGGAACUGUCCCAGUUCACCAUUAUAGACUACAGAUUUGUCACAGAGACAUUGAACUUCAAAUCAGCUGGCCGCUUCCCACGGCUAAGCCUGCGAUUCCAGCUGAGGCGGAAUCGGGGAGUCUACAUCAUCCAGUCCUACAUGCCCUCCAUCCUAUUGGUUGCAAUGUCCUGGGUGUCCUUUUGGAUCAGCCAAUCGGCAGUGCCUGCGAGGGUGUCACUAGGCAUCACCACAGUCCUCACCAUGACGACCCUGAUGGUCAGUGCCCGGUCCUCCCUUCCGCGAGCCUCCGCCAUCAAAGCCCUGGACGUUUACUUCUGGAUCUGCUACGUGUUCGUGUUCGCCGCCCUGGUGGAGUACGCCUUCGCCCACUACAACGCCGACUACAACCGCAAGCAGAGAGCCAAGAUCAAGGCCAGCAAGCUCAGCUCAGAGUCCAUUGUGAAGAACGGGAAGCAGGCCAUGGUGAUGUUCUCCCUGUCGGUGGCGGGCAUGAACCAGGCGGGCCUGGCGGUGUCCAGCAGGCAGACGCGGGCGCAGCGGGCCGCCCAGGCGCCGGGCGAGGCCGAGGAGGCGGAGAACGGGAAGACCCGGGCCAGGAGCGCGGCGCCGGCGGCCGAGGAGAAGAAGGGCAGCGGGUGCAAGCCCAUCGACGCCGACACCAUCGACAUCUACGCCCGCGCCGUCUUCCCAGCCGCCUUUGCGGCGGUCAACGUCAUCUACUGGGUGGCGUACACCAUGUGAGGCGGGACUGCGGCCGACAGAGCUCUGCGCAAAACGGGCCUUUUUACACGGAAAAAACUGGACCGAUCGUGGCAGUUUUUUACUUCAAUGACUUUUAUACAGGGAGCUCUUCUCCCUGAAUAUCCAAAAGGAUACUUUUGCUAUGUAUUGAUUUUAAAAAAAGUCUCUAAAGGGAAAGGACUAGUCCUGUUGGGCUAGAAGCAUAUGCAAUCUAUGUGUGUAUAUAUAUGCCAUGUACUGACUGGGGAACGUGCACGGGAAUGUGAAUGAACCCUCGAUUCUCAUUGGGCAGCCUGGGUCACGUGACCCCCCCUUGUGACUCCUGCAUCACCUCACCUCACCUUGUGUCAGCCGCGCUAAAGAUUGCCUUUUGCUCCUUCUGCAGCGAUACUGGCAGUUUGUCUCCCUGCCGGGUUAAAGAAUGGGGAAGUCAAACAGGGCCUUUUCAUUUUUAACAAUGCUCCUUAUAUUUGAAGAUUUAAGACAAGUUAACUUAAAGAAAGACAGGUGCAACAAAAGCAGCGCUGCCAAAUGCCGGAUGAUCAAAAUAAUGUAUGUUAGUCUGCAUGGCUGUUAACCCUCCUAGUUCUAUCAUCCAAACGCACAACCCCCCCCCCCCCUCCCACCACCCCACCCCACCCCACUUUUUUUCUCUUUGAACUCCUCUGCCUUUUCUCUUCACUUUAUUUUGAUUUUAUACGUGUGGCUUCUUAUCACUUCCUACCAGUCCUGCCUGUCUCUAGAUUAUUAAAAGCACUUCCCUCAA